UAUAUCUAAGAGAUACUGGACUUAAUUUAGAAUAAAGGCGAAAUGAUCCUACAGGGGGCAGCGAUGAAACUAUCUGGAUGCCAGCUGCCAAAAAACACCACAGAAGAAGAAGAAUAGUAGCAGAAGAAGAAGAAGAAUAGUAGCAGAAGAAGAAGAAGAAUAGUAGCAGAAGAAGAGUACGGAUCUGGAUGAGAGAAACAGCAGCAGAACUGAUGAAGAUCCAACUGGAUUUUCUAAUGGUCCCCAAAAAAACCUUUAGAACUUCUGCUAGAACCUCUUCAGAAACAUCUGACAACGUCUGAAAAUGGAGGAACUUAAGGAGAAGAGUAAGAAAAACUACCAGUGCCCGGACUGUGGGAAGGGUUUUAAUAAGAAGAACGAUUUCCGACGUCACUUCCGCAUUCACACCGGAGAGAAACCGUUUCAGUGCUCAGAGUGUGGGAAGAGUUUUAAUGUGCAGAGUACUCUCACAACACAUCAGCGCAUUCACACUGGAGAGAAACCGUAUCAGUGUUCAGACUGUGGGAGGAGCUUCACUCUGAAGAGUCUCCUUCAGCGACACCAGAGCAUUCACACUGGAGAGAAACCGUUUCCGUGUCCAGAUUGUGGGAAAAGUUUUCGAAUACUGUCGGCUCUACGGAUCCACCAGCGCAUUCACACCGGAGAGAAACCGUAUCUGUGUUCAGACUGCGGGAAGAGUUUUAAUAAAAAGGGUAGUCUAAUACGACACCGGCGCAUUCACACCGGAGAGAAACCGUAUCAGUGCUCGUACUGCGAGAGGAGCUUUACACAACAGGAUUCACUCGAUGCUCACCGGCGUCUUCACACUGGAGAAAAGCCGUACUUUUGCUCCGAUUGUGGGAGGAGUUUUACUCAGCAGAGUGCUCUUCAAAUUCACCACCGCGUUCACACUGGAGAGAAACCGUAUUACUGCUCAGACUGUGGGAGGAGCUUCAGUCACUCAACGACAUUAACGAGACACAAAUGCAUGAAGAGUGCAAAUUAAAUCCUAAUCAUUUCUAUUAGGGCUGCACGAUUUAUCGUUUAAGCAUCGUCAUGGCGAUGUGUGCAUGCUCAAUAGUCACAUCGCAGGAUGUGCGACAUCACUUAAGGCAAUGAAAUCAAACACGUCAUGCUGCAAUGUUUUAUGUUUCGAAGUAGAUACACAGCGCUGUCUCUGUGUCUGUGUGAGUGACAGGCUGCUGCUGCCUGAGAAGCAUGAGGGGGAGGAGUAAACAUCCACAUGGUUGGGCACGUGCUUGUAAACGUGAGCACGUGUGUAAAGCUGUGCUCCUCAGUCCAGCACAGUUUAUCAGCGCAGAUAUUUCCAGUUACAGCUGAAUUCAGACUUUUAAUCCCAGAAAAACAAACGCUCUUAUUUACCUUUUAAAAAGCCUUUUAAAUGCUGAUUAAAGGGCAGAUUACUGUUGUUUUGCUGUUUUCCUCGGGUUUUGAGAGCUCGGCGCUAACUCAGCUCCUGAUUGGUCCGGAUGCAAGACAGUGUGCGGGUAGGGGCGGGGCUGAUGGCGUCAUGGGCCCUGCAUUGUUUAAUAUUGUGAUAUAUAUUGUCAAAAAAAAAAAGAACAUUUGUAAUGUAAGAUUUUCCAAUAGCGUGCAGCCCUAAUGUCUAUGUUUCUGGACUAUAAAGUAAAUAUAUAAUAAUUUUUCUAGCAUUGCAUGAAACUGAUUGCACUUUUGCAAACUUAUGAGUUCUUUUUCCUGUAUGCUUUCAGCCAAUCACAAGGUUUGAUUUUUAGGCUCUUUGGCCAUUUGGAAUUUUUUCUUUGUUCACAUUCUCUGCAAGUACUCUUUAUUUUACACUGAAGGCAAGCAAACAUCGUCUCUGCAAAAAUUAAACUGAGGCUUUAAGACUAGUCUUAGACUAUGUUUUCCUUUCACUGGUAAAUCUCCACUCAAAAUGCUGUAUUUAAAGUUAAUUCAUUUUGCACGAUUUGUCUUAUUUUGCAGUUUUAUUUUUGAUAUGAACAAGUUUAAUAAAUACACGUUUUGCAAGAAUUAAGUUAUUUAUUG